UGCGUAGAAACAAUGGAUAAUCAAAGUGCGAAUUGCGAUUCGAGUAAUAAACGCGAUAGAGAACGCGAAUUGAUAGAUAUAAUAGAAAAUAGAGCUAAGAAACGUGAAAAUAAGAAAUCGCGAGAAGAGAGGAUCCAGAUAAUGGAAGAUUUCAUAAACAACAUGAGUUCGGAUACUUCGGAUUCCGAGAUGGACGACGAACAAGGAAGAAUGGAAGACCGGAUGAAGACAGCAAUCCAAACAUAUAUUGCGGCGGGUAAAAGAACAAAAAGUAAAUCCGUAAAAAAGGUAAUGAGCAAUCAUCAAGGCGAACCCAUAUGUCAAAUAUAUUCAAUGAUUCAAGUAAAGGAUCUGAGUUCGAAUGAAGAAGCGACCAAGCGACCAUACUACAGAGUGACGAUAGAUGUCAUGGACAAUAAUAUAAAACAUUGUAUUAGUCAACAGAUUUUGAAUCAAACAAACAGACGGUCCACUAUGUUUUUUAUAAAGAUGCAUUCAACCGAAACGAUAGUAGACACAACGAAAGUAUCGACUCAAUCGGUAGUAAAAGUGCCGGAACCACAACAGAAAGUACAAACAAUUGCACCCAGUGCAUCAACCAAUAAUACCGACGACAUUACGGGUGGUGCUGAAUCCAUUAGCGAAACAAAUACCAGGCAGUCAAUCCAAUAAUAGGCCAUAUUGCAAGAACCCUCACAGGAACCGUGCCUCUUAUUUAAAUGCAGAACAGCCUUAGAGGAUCAGCAGCAGAAGAUACCAGCAGGAACAUAAUGGAUCCACCCACGAC